AUGAAAAAUGACAAGAUGUUCAUAGAAAUUGAAGAAACAGUCUGUUUUAUUGCUUCGUUCCUGUACGGAAAGAUUCCAAGGAGUAGAGUUGAUUCAUUCGCUGAAGCCGUGGCGAAUGGUCUCGUCGAUCGAAUCUACACGCGAUCUGAACCACUGAAAUCGUAUUCGCUGGUGGUAAAUGUCGACGAAAACAAAGACAACUUGAUCGAGGAGCAAACUUAUUGCUUCGAACUUCGCGAAGGAUCCGUACAUGCUGUGAAUGCUGACACUGGGAACGUGAAGUGCAUCUAUCCGGCACCUGGCUGUUGUAGCGAAGGAAAUCGCCGCAAUGGCCGUCGUCAUGCAGGCCGAGCAACAGACUCUCGUCGUCGCCCAUGUUUUCGCGUUGAAUUCGCAUAUCCGAAAGGAAGCGAGCGUGAUGAGAGAGCAGUUGCGAAACCAAACUUCGAGGUAGAACGCAGUGAGCAGAUCUACUCCGCACAGGCAUUUGCAGCCACCCGAUUUGGAUCGACAAAGCUGAAGACAUAUCAAUCGUCGCAGUGUGGAGAUAACGGCUACGGACAUCAUCCGUUCACAAUGCCGUCCGUACUGCUCAUAUUUUUGAAUGCGAUUGCUUGCGCGACAAUGAUACACGGAAGUGAGGACGACACUAACACUCAAAAAACGGGAGAGUUUUCAGAUGAUGAAAAGAAACGACUGCUGGAAGAUGCUCAAGGUGAUCGGUCAAGUAGCGGAUUCGUAGAUGAUGAUGAACUUAGCGACCCUGUCAACGAAAAAUCGGACACGUCCUGUUGA